AUGACCUCUCAAACCAACUUUUUCGGGCCAGAAACCACAGAAUUCCAAAUUCCUUACUUUCAAAACGAGUUCCUACAGCAAUUAAAUCUCCACCAUGACUUCCAAGAGGAUGGUCCAGUAUUAAAUGACUUUGAGCCGGUUUCUUUCGAAGAUUUUACCACUUUGACUUCCCAGCCGUUCGACUCUAGUGAACACUUCCUUACGUGCGACGACCAAAAUUCUUCCAACUAUGAACUACAACCGGCAACGACAGACUACUUCUCACAGCUGUUUUUAGAAUUGAACCACCCUCAUGCUGGGGAACAGAAUUUCGAACAAGAAAUGCAAGUUGACGAAUACCCGGUUCUACCCUCUUCAAAGAAAUUCAAUGCUGUGUUAUCGAAGGAUAUGAACAACUUAAGGUCUACACAGCCCUAUGACCUUCUCAAAAAUAAAUGCGACAAAAGCAUACAGAGAAUGAGACCCUCGAAACGUCUUCUACACAAUAUCAAUAUAGAAUGGGCGAAUAGUCCGGUUCCCAAACUGUUCCAGGACAACGGACUUGCCAACACGACGGACACAGACUCGAACCAGUCACAAUGCUCGACCCCCAUGACGCCAAUGUCGUCAGACAGCUCCUACGUGACGGAAAUGACUUUCAAGACCUCGAAACAAGUGUCCCAGGCGCCCACGAACGUCAUAAUUUACCAGCACUCCAAGAAAAACAGAUACGGUUGCAGUAUAUGCGGCAAGAGGUUUGCAAGACCGUCGUCGUUGAACACGCAUCUGAACACACACACGGGCGACAAGCCCUACACGUGCCCGCACGGUUCCUGCUCGAAAGUGUUCAACGCCAGGUCAAACAUGACGAGGCACUACAAAACACAUUUCAAGCUGUCCUCUGGAGUCUACGUGCUGCCCAAUGGAGAGGUCACCAAGAGGAAACCCACAAUAAAGCAGCUCGGGAUACCCUCAUCCAAGAUAAUUUGA